AGCUUCAUUCCCAGUGAUCCCAGGUUCCCACGACCCUUCAGUAAAGUGGUUACUGAAGAUGAGUGUGUGUGUGUGUGUGUUUGAGAGAGAGAAACUUCAUUUCGUUAUUUCUGAAGCUCACCCAUGUCAUCGGACAACUACGAACUGGGGACUAUGAAGCUUAGCAUCUUCCUCUGGCAACAUGUGAGACAAUCCAAUUGCAUAUUUGUUGAACAGCUGCUCAUGCUGUAUCUCAGGAAAGUGCAACAAACUUAGAGGUAUAAUUAUUGAAGGCCUGACACAUACCAACAGAACACAAUGGCACAGCACACGCUUCUGAGCUUGUGCCAUGUUCUCGUGUUGGCAUUGCACGUUUCUUCAGCUGAGGAUUUUGACUGGACCAAGAAUGAGAAGGGAUCCUUUCAGUAUGGAACGUUCCCUACUGGAUUCUCUUGGGGUGCUGGCAGCUCAGCAUAUCAGUCUGAGGGAGCCUGGAAUAAAGAUGGCAAAGGGAUGAGCAUCUGGGAUGUGUUUUCACAUAAAAGAGGCAAAAUCCACCUGAAUGACACUGGAGAUUCUUCCUGUGAGAGUUACUACAAACUCAAGGAUGACAUCUUGUUAAUGAAAGACAUGAAGCUGAAUCACUACCGCUUCUCUAUUUCCUGGCCAAGGAUCCUUCCCACUGGAAUUAAAUCUGACCAAAUCAAUGAGAAGGGAAUCCAGCACUAUGACAGUCUCAUCAAUAUGCUCCUGGAGAAUCAGAUCACACCCAUUGUAACGCUUUAUCACUGGGAUUUGCCUCAGGUUCUUCAGGAGAAAUACGGCGGUUGGCAGAACAGCAGCAUGGUCACUUUCUUUAAUGACUACGCCAACCUGUGCUUUGAGAGAUUUGGUAAUCGGGUAAAACACUGGAUCACCUUUAACAACCCAUGGUCAAUUGCAGUGGAAGGUUAUGAGACUGGUGAGCAUGCUCCUGGACUGAAACUGAAAGGCACUGGCGCCUACGAGGCUGCCCACAACAUCAUUAAGGCUCAUGCUAAAGUUUGGCACACUUAUGACAUCGAAUGGCGAAGCAAACAGAAAGGAAUAGUGGGCAUCUCUCUGUCCACUGACUGGGGGGAACCGGUGGACAUCACGAAUCAGAGAGACAUUGAAGCAGCUGACAGAUACAUGCAAUUUUACCUGGGCUGGUUUGCUGCACCGCUCUUCAGAGGAGACUAUCCUCAAGUGAUGAAGGAAUACGUAGGCAAGAAAAGUGCACAGCAAGGCCUGGGAAGUUCUCGUCUGCCCACGUUCAGCCCACAUGAGAAAAGCUAUAUCAAAGGCACCUGUGACUUCCUGGGAAUCGGCCACUUCACCACACGCUACAUCACACAGAAGAACUUUCCCUUAAACCAUGGAAGUACUUAUUUUACCGAUCGGGACUUAGCUGAGCUAGUAGACCCGCUCUGGCCCGAUCCUGGCUCUGAGUGGCUCUACUCGGUGCCGUGGGGCUUCCGACGGCUGCUUCAUUAUGUGAAGACGCAGUAUGGAAACCCUAUGAUAUAUGUGACAGAAAACGGCGUCUCAGAGAAGAUAAUGUGCACUGACCUGUGUGACGAAUGGAGGAUGCAGUACUUCAGGGAUUACAUCAAUGAAAUGCUUAAAGCGGUUAAUGAUGGGGUAAAUGUGAAAGGAUACACCGCCUGGUCUCUGCUGGACAUGUUCGAAUGGGACGAGGGCUACUCCGAGCGAUUCGGCCUUUACUAUGUGGACUUUGGAAGCAAAAAUAAACAACGUUACCCAAAAGCCUCUGUUCAGUUCUACAAACGCAUCAUCAGCUCCAAUGGUUUUCCUAAUGAGAGAGAGAUCGAGAGCUGGAAAAGGAAAGCGACAGAAACCUGCACCUCCAGUAACCAGCUCCUAGCAGCAGAUCCACUGAGCAGCCACAUGGAGCUGGUGACGGAGAUUGUGGUUCCCACCGUGGGUACGGUCUGUAUUCUCCUCACUGCCGUCUUCUUAAUGUUCCUCCUGAAAAGUCGGCUCUGAGGUCUUGAAUUCUGCGCAUGCCAAUCCUUCCUGUCUUUCUGAAGCACAAUCCCUCCCUUCCUCAUCUCCAGACACUGGAGUUAUCGAAUACCUUCUGUACAACCAAUAAAAGACACAGUUCUGACAUUACACAGUAACAAUAUGACAAGAAUCCGCUUGGCUGUAUGUUUAAUACACCGCUGAAAAAGGUCCCAGGGCAAAACUAUAUAUUAAUCUCUCAAGGUUUGCUGUUUGAUCUGACGUGAAGGGUGAAUUUUGGACACUCUAUGUGGACACAGAGACAUUCUGGGUGAUAUUGUAAUUCCCUGAGAGAUCAUACUGAAAGUGAGAAUGCGGGAUUUCACAGUGGAAAUGCGAUGUGUAACAUCUAUAUCUUAAAUAAAGGUCAUAACCCUGUUUCA